GCUGUCCUCCUAUCUUUGAACACAUCUUCCUCAUCUCAGACCCAAAAACCCGGCCCACAAUGGUGUCCUUAGCGGUUGUCACGGUUCUCGGAGUGAUUAUGGGCGUUUUGAGCGCGUACUUGUACCCAACUGGCAGAGCAUUGUACAGCAUUUACCAGGUUGGAAACAACCUCGGAGACGUUGGAACGGACGGUUGGAAGGUGUUGGAUGAUCCUGUUCUGAAAGGGUGUGGAGCAGCAGCAAUUUACCAACCUACUGGGCAGGUUUUCUUGGCCUGUAGUGAAAGCCUCCCAGGGAGCUACAAAUGGUUCCCACCGUUCUCUAGAGUUCACGAACAGUCUGCUGGGAAUAAGGAUGCGAAUAUUGUUGUGCUUGAUAUGAAGACAUCCAAACCCACCCUUCAAAACACGAAAUUGCACUCCCCUCCCCCCUUCUCCAUAAGCGUAACACCUCACCCAACCAACUCCUCCUCCCUCAUCCUCAUGACCCUCACUAGUCAGCGUACAAUCGAAAUCUUCUCUCACACCUUGACUACCACCCAAUUCGUUCAUUUGGAAACCAUUCCAUGGGACGAGAUCGGUCUUACGCGGCCUGGGGGAAUCGCCGCUGUUGGUGAAAAAAGCUUUUAUGUGACAGAUCAGGCACUAAUUGGAACAAAUGGCCGUGUGGUGUUUCGGGGUGAAGAUGGUACGACGAGAGUGGCAACAGAAGGACUCACCUAUCCAACAGAUAUUGCGGCCUCUUCCACAAGCAUAUACGUAGUAGACCCAUCCGGUCCCCAUGUCCUUAUUUACGAACGUAAACAGAACAAUCGGUUACGGCUGCUCGAAACAAUCGAAGUGCCCAUAUGGGGUGAGCAGAUUUCUGUCGAUCCUGAGUCGGGUGCCGUGUACGUGUCCGGUAUUAUGGAUGUCGUGAAGGCCGGCAGGGCUUUAUUGAAUAAGGAGCAAGGCACACCCUUUGCGGUUAUGAAAGUUGUGAACAACACAGCUCAAGAUCGGUACUAUGGAAAAAAGUUUAAAUCGAAGGUCGUUUUUGCGGAUACAAGCUUAUCCAUGUAUACCCAUGCCGCUGUUGGGGUGCACCCGUCGUCCUCUAGAAGUUUUAUUAGUGGGAAUGGGGUUCGCGUCAUUGAUAAGGUCUUGUAAAUAUCUCUUUCAUAGUAGGACUCGUUAAAAUAUAACAGGAUGCACGCCAUGCACCUCACCACAAAACCGC